ACUGUCAAAGUAAAAUUUUGUAAACAAACAACACCAGUGCGUGCAAACACAACAUUCCGCGAAAGUUAGUCUAAAAAACCGUGAAACAAAGUGUAUUUGAAUAGUUUUCCACGAUGAGUUCGAAAAACUCGGCCCUUGCAUCUCUCACCGCCACUUAUACGGACUCGGAAAAUGAAGAAGAGCGUCGUUCGGACGAUGAAUCACCACAGUCGGAAGGAGAAAGUUCCGUGUCGCAGAUUCGUUCCCGUCAGCAAACACCACUGCGGGAAAUGUCCGAGAGUUCCGGAACACCCGUCACGCAAAGCAACACUGCAAGCCUUCCGUUCAAAUCGGCAGAACCUAGCGGUGCCAGUGACAAUGGCACACCCGGACCACCGCGCAAGAAAGCUCUCCGGCUCGUUAGCUACAUCGACGAUACGAUCGUCGAUACGGACGAAGAAAACAACUCACCAGCUCACAGCGAUCGUGAGGAACCGGUCGAAUCCGAACACGAGCCCGAACCACAACGUAGCCCCUCGCCGGAAAAGGUGGACCGGGCGAAGCUGUACGGUUUCAGCUUGCCGCCCGAACCGAAAGGCAAAUGCUCGCAGGAGCUGCAGGACAAGAUCGCGGCACUGCACGAACGGAUGAAAAAUUCGAACAUGGACACGAACCGUAUCAUACAGGAGCGCAAAGAGUUCCGCAAUCCGAGCAUCUACGAAAAGCUUAUCCAUUUCUGCGACAUUAACGAACUGGGCACCAACUAUCCGGCGGAAAUAUUCGAUCCCUUCCAGUGGGGCAAAGAAUCGUAUUACGAGGAGCUGGCAAAGGCACAGAAAAUCGAGAUGGAAAAGGUGGAAAAAGCACGCAAGGAAGCUACGAAAACGGAAAUACAAACGGGCGUCAAGCGUGUCGAUCCGGACGAAUCGAAGAAGCGCAAAUCGAAAUGGGACCAGCCGGGUGUGUUGGGAGCGGCCCCCGGUAUGCUGGGUGCGGCAGCUGCCGUCGCCAUGGUUAAUGCACUAAAACCGGCGGGCAUUUUACCGCAGACACUCACAACCACCGCUACCGGGACGAAGGGGACCGUCAUAUCGGCGUUCGGAUCGCUACCAAAGAAGCCCAAGGUUUAAGUGUGGGAAAGAUUGCAAAAAACAAUAGGACAAAUAAACAUAAUUUUAAAUAUUUCUCUAAAAAUAA